AUGACACGAGGAUUCGCAACCAUCACGCCUCAGUGCGAGGAGGUCUUUGACCAGGUCAAAGAAACUGACACUCUCGACUACGUUCUCUACAAAGCUUCUGCUCACGACAAGAACAUUGUCGUCGCCAAGUCCGGCAAAUCCAAGAAUUACGAAGAGUUCCUCACAGAAUUCCCGGACAACGAAUGUCUCUACUCCGUCUACGACUUCCAGUACGAUUCCCCGACUGGCGGGGAUAAGCGUCAUAAACUGGUUUUCAUCACUUGGGUCCCCGAAAAGGCUGGUAUUCAUGACAAAACCUAUUACACAACGAACAAAGACCACCUUUACCGCGCAUUUGAGGGCAUCAGUCUCCAUGUGCAGGCGCAUACCCCAGCGGAAUUAGCUCAUGCCACCGUCCUGAGCCAGUUCAAGGUACUCUGA